UCAGUUGCGCUGCUCGUCAUCGUCAGUCUACGAUCGUAUUUGCAGUUGAAAGGAAUUGGAGCAAUCGUCGCCAUAUUCGUUGCUAAUUAGUGAUGCCAUGAUGUGUGAAGAAACGAAGAAUUGUCACGCCUGGUUAGACCCGCUGGUCGACAAGAUAACUACGAAUCUCGGCAAAAAUUUCAAUGAUAUACGAUACGAAGUAUCAACGCCUAACGAAUCCUUCUUCCUUUCGAGUUUAUUCUUCGUCGAUAUCAUCUCUAACUCGGCUACCGACAAUGACGACAAAGAGAAGGAAAUAUCGAACAGCGUUGUGGUUAAAACACCGCAAACGUUGAACCGUUUACGCGAAGUAAUGAGAUGGGACGAACAAUUCCACAACGAGAUAUUGUUCUAUAAAAGGUACGCCAAGUAUUACGAUCAAGUGCCUCGUUGUGUUUACGUUGAGCAGAAUGACUCUCUUGAUUCGGUGAUCGUCCUAGAGAAUAUAGUUACUCAGCAAGGUUACGACUUGUGCAAAUGGAAGAGCGAUAUACCGAUGGUAUACACUAUAGCUGCGUUUCGAGAAAUCGCAAGGUUCCACGCGAGAGCGUACACGGUAAAGAAGAAUCAUAAGGAAGAAUUCUUCGAUUUCGUGAAGAAUAUCCAGGAAGUUAGGUUCUGUCCAGAGAGCAUUAUGAAGCUCGUAUUCGAUACAUCUGCGACCAGGUGGCUCGACUACCUUCGAAAGCAGGGCCACGAUAAACAAUUCUGUGACAAGGUCGAAGCUCGAUUCGAGAACGCGUAUGAUUUGGCUCUGAAAUUUAUCGAAGCCGAGGAACCUCUCGCCACGCUAUGUCAUGGCGACUUAACGAUAAAUAACAUGUUCUUCAAAAAUGAAAAUGGUAAACUGAAAACUACAUUUAUCGAUUUCGCAUUAGUACGGUAUGGGUCGCCAAUUUUGGAUCUGUCUACGUUCAUAUGUCUGCAUUGCGCGAAUAAUAUCGACAAAAAUAUGUUGGAUAAUGUUUUGAAAGUGUAUCAUGACUCUUUGAUACAGUGUCUUAAGGAGAAUGAUAUGGAUUGUGAACAAUAUCCGUUCGAGGCUUUCUACGAGGAUUAUAAGAAGAAAGGUCUGUUUGGAUUUUUCAUUGCCUCGUUUUUCCUAUCUACGGUGAUGGGAAAGUGUGUUAUUGGACCGGAAGACUUCGAUCAAAUGGAAAUAUCGGAGUGGAUGAAAACGAUGAGUCACAUAGGUGGAGAUGAAAUUAAUAAAGUUUUGGCGAAUAUGUUGCUGCAAUUAAAUGAAUUUGGAUGUCUGGAUUAUGUACUGUAAGUGAUCAGUAUUUAUUACACUAGUUAUGAUCAACAGAAUCCACGCAUUAUAAAUCCAUUAUAAUCCACGCAAUCCAUUAUAAAUCAAUAAGAUCAAACAAAUGCAAUUUUUAUUAUUAAUUUUAAUUACGAAUUUUAUAAUUGAAUAUUGGAUAUUGUUAGGUUUUAUAAUUUUUGACGAUUUGUUGAAGAGUCAAAUUUUAUUGUUUGAAAAUUGAAAUGUAUAUAGCAGUUACAGAAUCAAUAAAUAAUGAAGAAAUGAGCCAAGUUAUUGUAAAAAAUAUCAUAGAAAUGUAAAAUAUAAUAUAUGUUCUUUAUACGAAACGUAUCAUUAAUCAUCCUUCUUUUUUACCUUUUUCCCCACUUUUACAUCGUAUGACGAAUAAUCAGUAUGAAAAUAUUAAUUUUCUAAUGUUUGUUGACAAAACAUAUUCGCAGAAGUACCAGACGAUAUUUUACGGAUGUUAAUCAGUGUAAUUUCAUUAUAAUUAAAAAAUGAAAACGGUAUAAUUUAUAGAUACCUUAUACGCAUUAUGUAAAAUGCUUUGAAAUUAUACAGAGAUAACGUUGAUAAAGUUGGAAAGAAAUUCGAAAGUGUAUAUAAAUUUUACAAGGUAUUAACUGCAAAUAUAAUUUCAAAAUGUUUUAUAAAACGUUCAUGAUAUAUUUAUAAAAAUUUUAGAACAUAUAUAUAAAAUGUGUUUAUAAAAAUAAUGGUAAUACUUUCGCACUUCAUUGUAUACUAAAAUAUUUAUAAUAGACAUUUGGUAUUUAUCGUCCAUAUGAAACACAUAAACUCCAAUCACUAUCAUACAUUCGUUAUUCACACAAACAGCAUGAAUCGGUACAUAUACAUAUGUAUAUGUGUAUGUAUUAUAACAAUACAUCCUUUCAGAAUAUCGUUCUACGUACAAUUACCAAUCUCUUCAAGAGAAUCCAUCCUUUAAACCAAUACAAUCAAACAUUAUACAAUUGAAAUUUCCAAGAACUUAAUCCUUCAAAGAUUACGCUUUUGAUAUCUUGUACUGCUCACAGUAUACUGUAGCAGAAACCUUCAUAAUCCACUCUAUCACAUAUAUAAAAUAUCACCGAAUUAACAAAUAUAUAUACUAUAACUCUACAUACAUGUAUCGUUCACUCUGAUAAAUUCUCAUUUUGUGUCAAUCCUUUAGAAAAUAAUCCACCAAAUCCGCUAUCAUUAACGCUAACAUUAUAUACAUUUGAAAUUAUCAAAAACAUUAAUCCUUCAAACCCCUGUAAAAUCCAUCUAAAAAUAAUCGGCAAUCCGUGAUACGCGCAAUUAACGUUUUCCAUAAUGAACCGGUAUCGGAAAAUUUGUCGAGAGAUAAGCGGCCAGAGCUUUUUUUUCAUAGAAGUACACGGAUGGAAAACGGGUGCAACAACGCGGGUAAAAGGCUGGUUUAGAAGAGUGCACGCGUGUAUACCCGGCGUCAUAUAGGUAUGCGAUGUACAUAUCCAGCGAAAUAAAGCUCGUAGACACGAGGCAGCGGGGACGAUGCGCGAAAUUAUUCUUUCGCCUAUAUGCAAGUACGGAUCUGCCUUUCAAAUAGAGGCACUCCGUGACGCGCGGAAAAACUUUGUCAUUUCCAUAUAUUUCGCCGAGGACUGACAGCCCUGUCUCUCCCGGGAAAUUCACUUACGCUCUAACCUGAAUUUUAAGCCCGUUAAAUUUUGUUCGUCGCGGCGGUUCCACGCGCGGCCGCGUGUCUUCACGGCCGGAAGAGGAAACGAGGGACUGGAACUUGCGAGGAGAACUUGCAGGAAUACUUUUAGCUUGGAAAGGGACCUGAAACACGCUACCUACAAGAGGUUACCUUCGAUAUCCCAGGAAAUCGUGGAAAAUAAGGAGAAUGAUUAUUGGAUUCGUAGAAUGUCGUUAGAGCUGGUUACGUAGCAAAUGAAUUAACGGUUAUUAAAAGUGCAGACUGUAGCAGGAAAAUUAUACAAUUUCUCGAAGAGGAUUCGUGUAAACUAUUGUUCGAACAAAUACAUAUCGUGCCAUUCAGAAAUUGGUUGAUGUACUUCAUAGAGGAUUCCUUUUUCUAUUGGAAUGUUGUGUCUUUCAGUUAAAUGUUUUUC